AUGUCACCGAGAUACCGCAUGCCCGCGCCCCUGUUGAGUCCUCUGGAUGGGGCCCCAGUGGGGCACUGCCAGCUUCUAGGCGGCCUGGAGAAGGAGUGGAAAUGCAUCUGGGUGAAGAUUAUUUUUCAUAGUGCGCUAGAUCGCCGCGAGGACAUUCGGGGGUGCACUCAGGAGUUCGACCUCGAGCUUGAGCUCGGCCCGCCCCGGGCACCGGCGGGCGCCCUUCGACCCAGCUUAGGUGAGUUCGAAAAGUGGGCGGCCAUCGGCGCAGACGGCCGGCACCGCGCGGGGCGCGCCUUGGAGGCGGCGCUCCUCGGAGUCUACCUCGCCCCCGCGAUCGACUGGGCGCGCCCGUCCGGGUCGCGGCUCGGCGCGCGCCAGGUGGUCGACGAUUGCACUGUUGCAGCAGUGUGGUGCGACCCGUUGGCCGUGCUCGGCCGCGCCGGCCACUUUCUCCCGCCUGAGUUGGACUGCCCAGACGCGCUCGCGCCGGUUUACUGGCGGGCGCGCGGAGGUUCCAGAGCGGAGGCGCAGCUUUUCGCUGCGCGCGUGUCGCGCGGGCCGCGGACGCACGAGCGUUUCUUCGCCGCCAGAUUUUCGGGCUUCUCCGCUGCGCCGAGGUCGGGCAUGGUGCAGCGCAUGUGGCGCGUGCGCAUGGAGACAGAUCCUGGCGCUUACGGGGACCCCGCGAGCAAGAAGAAACGGCUCGCGCGGCAGGAGGCGUUCCUGGCCGGCAGGAAGGCACGGCACGACGCUGCAGUCGGGCUGUUUGAGCGCGAGAUGGACGCCCUCUCCGAGGAGCGCGAGGCCCGGACGCAGCAGGCCCUGGAACGGAUGCGCAAGAGCGUGGAGGAGGCGGACGCCAAGGUGUGCGAGCUGCUUUACGAGAUGGAGGUCGACACCGAGCAGUUGGGUGCAAAGACGGAGGACAUCGGGCGUCAAAGAGAUAGCGAAAGGCCUGAGCGGCAUCGGGGACUGGCGCAGGGAGAACAUCGACGGCUUUACUGUGGAGCUCGACGGCGUUGA